AUGUACUCGGACUACACCAUGCCAGACUAUGGCCAUAUCGACAUGGACGCCAACUCACCAUGGCUAAACACAUAUCCAACUUCUCAUUCCGUAUCUAAGCGGACAGACUCGUUUGCAACAUCGCCCAACUUCCGCCCUUGCAUACCGAAAAAGUCGAUAUCACCAGAGAUGUGUGCAGUAACGCCGACGACGUCUGUCUCGCCAAACUUUGCGCCAUCAAUCCCAAUAUCACCGAACAUGGCGCCUAUGGCAACAUCGCCCAAUUUCGUUUCUACAAUGGGACCGCCGGUCAUGUUUCCCGAGUUUCCGUCAUUGGCGGGUGGAAACUCUACUGCAGACUUUCCGCCAUCAUUGACGUCACCACGAGGGUCAUGGGCGAAGAAGGUAAGUUCGACUGAGGAAUAA